AUGCUUUGCAAGACUUGUAACAUCGACUCAAUUGCCCCGAUAUCAAUCCGUCCAAAUACAAUCUAUGACGCAGAAGAACAAUCAGAUGACCCAUGCCUGGAGUACUAUUCAGAGUGUAGACUUGAAAACUUCUUACAGGACUGCGGUAUACUUCAAAUAUUGGCAGAAACAACUGCUGGACCAGGAACAAAAGUGAUAGGGCAAAGGAUGAACACAUUUUAUGCAGGUGCAACUAUUAACUGUGCCAAUGAUGGAACAUUCUACUCAUUAGUGUGA